AUGAUACUGUCCAUAUUGAAGUUUGCCUUCGUAUUCUUCCUUGUAAUCGAGUUUACUGUUUGCUUUCGUUCGGAUAUAGUCACCAAUUUUCACUAUCCUGUCCAGAAUUGGACCGAUAUAAUCAUCCCACCUGGCCAGUGCUGGGCCACUCUUCCUUUUGCAGCCGUUUUAUUUGUCCUCAUUGCAGUUGGUAUGCUGAUAUUUACGCUUGCCCGUUCUGGUUUUCUUCUGCUACGGUUUUGGGACGUGCGCCAUUUCUGCACUUAUGUACUUGGUCUUCCAACCUCUGACGUUCAUCUAGCUGAUCUUACCUGGUCUUCAGUUCAACAACGACUAAUCGACGUCCAGCAUGACAUCUUUCUUUGUCGAGGCAAGGCCCAACUUGAUCAAUUAGAUAUCUACAAUCGAAUUCUUCGGUUCAACAACUACUUGAUCGCAAUGGUCAAUAAGGAUAUAUUACCAGUUCGUUUCCCUUUUCCGUUUACUUCCCCUUAUUAUGAUGUUGAACCUGGUGUAAGUGGCCCAGUAGGCGGCUAUAUAUAUCUCUCAGAUGGAUACCUUUUUAACCUUAAGUUCCUUUUAUUUUGGAGUCCAUGGGCUCCAUUCACUCGAAACCGACAUCUGCGCCCCGACUUCAAACGGAUAUCAAACCGCAUCGAAUUGGCCUCCAAAUUGGCUUGGAAUGCACAAAUACUCGGUGUCCUCAAUCUCCUCUUUUCCCCAGUGGUUUUCAUCAUUCAAUUACUCAUCUUUUUCUGCGCAAACGCCCAAAAACUGCGAUAUGAACCUGUUUCUUUUCUUGGACGGCGAUGGUCGAACUAUUCGAGACUCUAUCUUCGCCAUUUUAAUGAGUUGCGGCAUGAGUUCACUUUUCGCCUUGGCUCGGCUUAUCGCCCUGCUGCACGCUACCUGGACUGCUUCCCUUCUCGUCUCCUUUCCGUGGUUGCAGGAAACCUUGCUUUUAUUGCGGGUGGAGCCUCUGUGAUACUCUUUUGUCUUGGACUUAUCCGUGAUCAGCUUCUUCACCUACCGGGCUAUUUAGCGAUAGUUACAGGUGGUGGCCUUUUGGCUAGUGCUUGCAUCAGCCUAGUGCCUGACGAAAACACUGUGUAUUGUCCAAAAAAUGCCCUCUUGGCUACCCUUAUGCGGAUACAUUAUAUGCCCGACCAUUGGAAAGAAAUGUGUCACACCAAUCAAGUGCGUUCUGAGUUCUCUCAGCUCUUCCAGUAUCGGCUUGUCGGAUAUCUGGAGGAACUUUUGUCGCCGUUGAUUACCCCCUUUCUAUUGAUGUUUGCCGUGCCAGGGAGCGCUCUUAAUAUUGUGGAUUUUCUUCGCAAUUACACUGCAGAGGUAAAAUUGAUGACAUUACUACUAUUAUAUUGCCUGUUACGUUAG